AUGGCUGAUUCUACUGAUCUAUCAUUAGCUGCAAAUUGGAUACGAAGCUCUUCUUCUAUCUUAAUUGCUGCCGGUGCUGGUCUCUCCGCUUCAGCAAUUAAUCCGCAUUAUAAUGUUGGUCUUGAUUACACAUCUGUUGCUGCAUUUCGUAAGCUAUAUCCUCGGAUGACUCAAGUCUCGUCUAUGCGAUGUAUGUAUGACGCUAUUGGCAAACAUGAUUGGUCGCCCGAGUUGAUGUGGGGCUACCUGUUUACACAUGUUAAUAAAUGCCGUUACAAUUGGGGGCCAACAGAUGUUUAUCAAGAUCUUAAAGCGAUCAUAUCGAAUCAAUCCAUUGAUUCGUUUGUUGUCACAACAAAUGCAGAUGGCAUGUUUGAGCAGAAUAAAUUCGAUAUGAGUCGUUUUCUGAGUACGCAAGGAGACUAUUCUCUCCUUCAAUGUUUGAAACCGUGUUCACGUGAGUCUGUGUAUGACGCUCGUCCAUUUAUUGAUCAUGGGCUUCCGCACGUUGACCAACAAACGAUGGAAGUGCCAUCGGAAUUUGUACCGCGAUGUCCUCGUUGCCAUGGCCCCAUGUUUUUUUGUGUUCGCGGUGGAGAUUGGUUCAUUGAAUCGGCAUUUGCUGUCGGACGAAAGCGUUAUCAUGAUUUUAUUCACCGUGCAAUCGAUCAAAAACAAGGACUGUGCACAAUUAUCGAAAUCGGUGUUGGUUUCAAUACUCCAAGCGUACUCCGUUGGCCCAUGGAUGAGUUGGUUAGCAGAUUUCCACACGUCAGAUUAAUUCGUGUAAAUAUGCAUGCACCGGAUGUGCCUAUUCAUGCUCGAAAAGAGAAGCGAGCCAUCGGAUUCGACGGUAACGCAGCAGACAUUGUCCGGCAGUUAAAAGAAUUUUCUCUAAGAUAA